ACGGGGAGGUCAAAGGUUACGUGACGUAAAAGGCAGAGAAAGUGUACCAGAAGAAGGUUGAACUCUACUGGUGGUGAAAGAAGAAGUCCAGACAUGGCGGCAGCAACACGACAACUGUCUAUUGACUCUAUUGUCAGCAGUAUGUUAGAUAUGGAUGCUGCCUCCAAUCCUUUUGACUGUGACUCUAUCUCUAAUGACAUCUUUGACAAGAUAUUCGACAGUAAGGAAGAAAAACCACAGGCUGCAGGGGAUGCUCCGGUGGACCCUACUGCAUGUGUAGUAUGUGGAGACAAGGCUUCAGGGUUUCACUAUGGAGCACUCAGCUGUGAGGGCUGCAAAGGGUUUUUCAGAAGAAGUAUCCAGCGCAAUGCCACGUACAAGUGUAAGUCUGGAGGGAAGUGUGAGAUGGACACCUACAUGCGCAGGAAGUGUCAGGAAUGUCGGCUCAGGAAGUGUAAGGAAGCCGGCAUGAAACCUGAAUGUCUCCUUACCAAUGUCCAGAUUCAGUCAAAAUUUCUUUGGAGAAGGAAAAGAAAAGGUGGUGAUGAGCCAGGUCCUCCUGACACCCAAUUCAAAAAGUCCCCCACCAAUGAGGACUCACCAUGUGCCUAUAUGACCAAUCAGGACUCACCACCUGCCUAUCUGACCAAUCAGGACUUACCACCUGCCUAUCUGACCAAUCAGGGUCCAUCAUCUACCUUCUCCAGUAGUCAGAGCUCAUCACCAUACUUUUCAAGCAAUCAGGGCUCGCCAGCUGCCUUGUCGGCCAAUCAGAACUCACCAGCUGCCUUGUCGACCAAUCAGAACUCACUAGCUGCCUUUUCAGCCAACCCAUACUCACCAGCUACCCUCUCGGCCAAUCAGAACACUUUGCUCAGUCCCUUGUCCAAUCAGGGGUCCCCUUCACCUGUCAGUCCUAUUGAGCAGCCAAGCAGCUCAGUGCCAUCAGUAACACUGACCAGUGAGCAGCACAAGUUGCUGACAGCUUGCAGAGAAGCCAAGGAAAAGUAUUUGCCAUGUGUAAUACCCUGUCAUGAGGGCAUGUACAAGAGAAUGAUGGAACUGCCCACAGUAGAGGAGAGAAGGGCCAUGUUCCAGGAGAAAGUCACCAUGAUGGUGGAGCGACUUGUCCAGUUUGCCAAGUGCCUGGAAGGUUUCAUGACCUUCAGCGAAGGAGACCAGAUAGCGAUUCUUAAGGGUGCAUCUUUUGAGGCCCUUAUGCUGGUGAGGUGUUCUUGGCAUUGGAGAAAGAUCAUUCCUGGUCAAGGGAUAGGUGGAAACCGCCAGAUACUGGAAAGUUUCAAGGAAUUCUACUUCAAGAUGCAGGACCUGAAGCUUGAUGACAACACUUAUGCACUUAUCAUUGCACUGGUCCUGUUGUCACCAGACCGACCGUUGAUCAAGAAUUACCACGUGAUUGAGAAAGCUCAGGAGCCGUACAUCAAUGCCCUACAGACCUACUGUAGACUGAACUACUCCAAACCCAACAUGUUCGCAAAGAUCACAGCCAUGCUGACAGAAAUGCGCACGCUUGGAGAGAUGCACGAGGCCUACAUGAAAACCAGAAGCUUCAAGCUGACACCCCUAUUGGCUGAGCUUUGGGACCUUCAGUGAUACCAAUGCAUGAAGCCUAAUCCACCAUCAUUAGUACAGAUGUGUGCAAUGUGUUAUCUAAAGUCCACAUGCAUGGCAUUCUGCACUGUGAUUUAAAACCAAACAACAUCAUUGUUUUGGCUGAUAACAAGAUGAAAAUCAUAGACUUUGGACAGGCCUGCCUCCUGUCAGAUGCUAGAAAGAUGUCGGAACCAUUGUCUGAAUCAGUAUCCAUGGAUAGCCCCAGAGGUAUGCAGGUGUGAACACCAGAAACUUCAAGCAGACACUGAUAUUGGCCGAGCUUUGGGACCUUCAGUAAUACUAGUUAUGCAAUGAAAUCACUGAAAAGAGCAUUUAGUUCAUCCCACUAUUUUCAACUAAGAUUUUUUGGGACAUGUAUUUGAUAGUCUAAGUUUUAAAAAAAGAAACUUGUCAUAAAAUAGCAAAUUAAUUUCACUUAUGAUUAAUUUUUUGGAAGACAAUUGAUGUUAAACUUUAUUCAGAAACUAUGCAACUGUCUAUUAUUUCUCUGUGGACCAAAGUUGUAACAGUGUCACAGAAUUAGAUCCUUACAUGAAAUGAUCCUUACAUAUUAUUAUGCCAGAAAAGGG